AGGCGUAGCUCCUAAGCAGUGAUUUCCAAGCCCCACACGAAUAGCAAGGUUUUCACAGGAUGAUGUGUGAAUGUGGAAGCGCAGAGGCAGAGGGGAGUCAGCAGCCUGCACAGCAGCCCUGGCAAGCCGCCUUCGUCCCCCAGGCUCUCUGAACACGAUGUCUGCACCUCCUGCCAGCAAUGGUGUGUUCGUUGUCAUCCCGCCCAGCAACGCCAGCGGCCUCCGCCCGCCUCCAGCCAUUCUGCCCACCUCCAUGUGCCAGCCUCCAGGGAUCAUGCAGUUUGAAGAAUCACCGCUGGGGGCGCAGGCGCCCAGAGCCACUCAACCACCUGAUCUUAGACCAAUAGAGACGUUCUUGACCGGAGAACCCAAAGCUUUAGGGACGGUGCAGAUCCUGAUAGGCCUCAUCCACCUUGGCUUCGGCAGUGUCCUGCUUAUGGUUCGACGAGGCCACCUGGGGAUGCUCUUCAUCGAAGGUGGUGUCCCCUUCUGGGGAGGAGCUUGUUUCAUCAUCUCUGGGUCCCUCUCCGUAGCAGCUGAGAGGAACCAUACCAGUUGCCUGGUGAGGAGCAGUCUGGGAACCAACAUCCUCAGUGCCAUGGCAGCCUUCGCGGGGACAGCCAUUCUUCUCAUGGACUUUGGUGUCACUAACUGGGAUGUGGGCAGGGGCUAUCUUGCCGUGUUGACCAUCUUCACCAUCCUGGAGUUCUUCAUUGCUGUCAUUGCCACCCAUUUUGGGUGCCAAGCCACCCGUGCUCAAACUAACGCGUCUGUGAUUUUCCUACCCAAUGCCUUUGGCACGGAUUUCAACAUCCCCAGCCCAGCGGUCUCUCCGCCCCCUGCCUAUGACAACGUGGCAUAUAUGCCCAAGGAGUCAUCGGAGUAGAAGAUUGCAACUUCUGCGGGUUGAAGUCCAGGCUUCCCAGUCUACCCAGCGUCUCUCCACCCUCACUUUGUCCGUUCUGAGGCAGCGGUUCCCCAACAAGGCUCUCCAAGCUGCAUUCACUGUGUCACUGAGUGAAGUGUUCCAUCUAUUUUAAAAUUCCUCCAGUAGUGUCUUUCCAAAGAAGGCAAAGCUGGUGUCCAGGGUGUG